AUGAAGCUCAAUCGCAUUUUGGCUGGGCUAGCUGGGAUCUUGAGUUUCUCCUCUGUUUACGGCGCAUCGAUCUCUGCGCCGAGUAGUUCGAGACAUGGCCCAAAGGUUGAGGGACGUCAGAGCACAGCUGUAUGCAGUGCCAGCGACGCAACGUAUAGUUCACAGAAAAUACCAGCAGGACAGUACACCGACUGGGGCGCACUAGGCCUCGACGAUGUGACGUCGGGCCAGCAGUUCGUUACCAUCGUGAACUUGACCCCGCAUAGGUUCAAGCUCGACAGCACCCAUUCCUACCAAAUGGAUAAAUUUGACUGGGGCGACAUCCCGUCCGGCCGUGCCCGACAGAACAGCGUUUACUACACGACCAGGCUGACAGCAAAUCCGGUUGACACCGGCGGCGAAGCAUACUACUCAAUCGAGGGCACAAGCAAGAAGUUUGAAAUCCGAGCAACAACCCAUAUUCCUGAUACAUACUGGCGCCGCACGGUCAUUGAUCUAAGUGCCAUGGGGUUAGGACAGCGCGAGUACCUAGAUCCCAGAGCUGAGGUACCGGUCACUCUGGUUAUCACAGGGAGUGAUAGUCAUGGAUUCAUGGCAUCUCUCACCCAUGGGAGCGGCAACUGGAUGAAACAAAUGUACGAUGUCAUCAAGGACAGGCCGCUGCAACAUCUUGUCAUGCCCGGUACGCACGACUCUGGCAUGAGCACCAUCAGCGGCGAGAUCGUUUCCAUUGGCAGUGCGGCCAACACGCAAACCCAGGGUCUCAACCUCUACGACCAACUGCGCGUGGGCGCGCGGUGGUUCGAUUUGCGCAUCAUGAGCGUCCACCAGUCGGACACAACCGACUACGCUUUUUGGGUUGCCCACGUCAACGACGAAAACUCCGAUAUCCCAAUCGGCAACACCGGAGAGAGCCUAACCGACGUAAUCAGCGAAAUCAACCGUUUCACAUCCGAGAACCCGGGAGAGAUCAUAUUCUUGAAACUGCGCUACCUCAUCGGCAUCAAACGACUGCCAGGCGGAGCGAUCAGAUGGGAUGAAGGUAUUGCAAACAACUUCUUCACCGAGCUCAAGAAGAUCAACAACCGCUGCGGCAACCUCGACACGGCGACUCCAUUCCAGCAGCGACCGGCAUCCUAUUUCAUGGAUCAGAACGACGGCUCCGGCUGCGUCCUCUUCCUCCUAGAUACCUCUAACAUCCCCUCCGGCGUUCCAAGCACUUCCCCUUCAGACGGCAUCUACCCAGCCUCAGUCAUGGCCGUCACAGACCACUGGUCCGACCUCUCCACAACCCAGCCCGUCGCCGAGGACCAGAUCGCGACAUGGUCAGCGAUCAACCGCGCCUCCCCCUUCACGAACGAUAGGUUCCUAAUCGCCCAGUGGCUCGUCUCAGCCGACGCGCUGCAAACAACAGCCCUAACAAUCCAGAACAUCGCCAUCAUGCCAACCAACCCAGCUCUAUACUGGGCUGGCGUAAACGCCAUGAGUCCCACCAAAUGGCCAAACGUCCUACUGGUCGAUUACAUCGGCGUCGUGAUCACCGACCAAUUCGCAUGGAACCAGCUCAGCGCCGAACUAUACACCCUAGCCAUCGGACUGAAUCUGUACAUGCUCAGCGAGAACUGCGAUGUCAGCGCCCAGCGGUCGCCACUGCUCCCGUCUGCGACUGCGUCUACGUCUGCUGCAAAACUCGCGCUACAGAAUAUCGCGCCGUCUUGGAACGGCAUUAUCUUUGCGAAUGGGACCGUGCUCGAUGAUCCGCCUGCUGGUCUGCACUUUGGGCGUGUGGAGGUCCUCAAGAAUGGGACGGUAUUUGGGAAUGGGACUGUGCUUGAGAGGGACGUUAGGAAUCCGCAUUUGUAG